AACUAUUUCAUGGUAUACUCAAGAAGGCCAAAAAUGUACAUGACAAUGAGUUACAGACUUAUAAGAACUAUUCGAAAGAAGAAUUGUUCAAAGUAAAGUCCAACUUACAAGAGUACUCUGUAAAAAUACGAAAACUAUCCGAUGACACGCUCAAAUAUUUACAUGUCCUCAAGAUUGACUUUCAGAGACAGGUUAUGACACACAGAGAUUUUCAAAAUUUGGUUUCGUACAUAGAUGGCAAAGUCAUCGAAAUUAAAAAGUUAACUGAAGAGUUACUCAAAAACAUUCAAACCACCAUCAAAGAGCCUAUAUUGGGAAAGAAAUUGAUGGCAGUGGUAGAAAGCAAUACUCAAAAAAUAAAAAUUACUGUCGAUGAUCUUUACACAGCUAUUAAGGGCAAUUUUACCAAGACCAAUGGGUUCAAAUCAAUGACCGACAAGACAAUGUUAUUUUCAAAGUUACCUGUACUAGGAAAAUUUAAGCAAUCAGUGAAUUGUUCUCCAUUGUCAUUGCCAAACAAUGGUACUAAAAUGGUGUCAGAGUGCAAAGGAAAUUCAGUAGUCGGUUUACACAAAAAGAGAAUAUCAUUCUUCAAUUUGUGUAAACAUUUCAACUCUACAACUAACCACGCACGUACUAAUGUAGCAAAAGCCACAUAUGCAGGAAUAUUGAUCUAUUACUUGUAUAAAAAGAUCAAAAAUACAACCUAAACUUAGUGUGGAUAAAACGUAAUGUAAUCAUAAUCUCCAGCGAGGACUAUGACUCAAUUGUCGAAAGAUGGAUCAUAGAUUGGAAAAAUUAUUUUCCAAUCAUGUUAAACUUUCUGUAAUCGGAUAUCUAAAGUAUUUACUCCUGCAAGGCAAUGAUCAAGUUCUGUGUCUAGUCCAUCCUGAUGUAGUUAGUUAAUUCAAUAUAUACGUCUUGCAAGAUUAUUUAUACAUUGGAUAUGCUAGUUCUUCAAUGCGUUUUUUUGUUGUUUAACGUAA